CCGCCCGAAGAUGCCGACCCCGACCGGGGGCAGCCAUGCCACACGUGUGGGGACCAGUGCCCCGGCUUCCUGGUGCACGGAUGGAGGAAGAUCUGCCAGCACUGCAAGUGCCCUCGGGAGGAGCACGCAGUGCGGGCAGUGCCCGUCGACCUGGAGCGCAUGAUGUGCCGGCUCAUCUCAGACUUCCAGCGCCACUCGAUCUCCGACGACGACUCGGGCUGCGCCUCCGAGGAGUAUGCCUGGGUGCCGCCCGGCCUCAAGCCGGAGCAG